UACUGGGCACCGACCUCGAAUAGGCGAUUGCUUCCGUGUAUUUCUCGGUUCGCUGUUUAGAAGUGAAGAGCAAAGCUGCACCGAUUGCUUCCCACCGACGAGGGUAUAAAUAUUGGGACUCGUACUUGCGCCUGGCCUGCUCUUCGCUUUGUUUCUUUGCUCCCGCUUCCCAUCUCUGCUCGCCAGCAGCGGAGGCGAAGGCGAGUCCCCUCGCCAUUUCCGAUCUAGGGUUUCGUCGCUUGCGCCAUGGCAGCCUCCAACCCCGGGGGUCUCAGGAUCUGGCUGGAUGGGAGUUGGGAGAGAGAGGACCCGACAGCUCUAUAGUUGUGGCGUCAACAAAAUAGAGAACACCUUGGUCUCUAUUGCACGAGAAAAGAAAGCCCCUAUUCUGCUGAUUUCUCUUUUUAGAAAAAGCGAAAGCUGGCUUUCCAGCUUUCCCUUUUUCUAGAAGUUCUAACUCUAGUUUUUAAAUAAAAAAAUUCAAAAAAAAAUGCUCCAAAACAAGUUUUGAAUCUCGGUUUUCAUGUUUUGCUUCUUGAAAACCAAAAAAGUGGAAAUGGAAAUGAUGCCAAACAUACCCUGAUUAUUUGGUGGGAUUCAGUUAUGACUGGUAAUCUGGUAAAUUGCCAACGUUUUCAUUGGAUAUAAGGUCUUGUGGUUAGAAGAUAACACCAAACUGUGAGACUCUGGUUUCAAUAUUCUAAUUUUCUUUUCACUGCUUCCUUUCCACAUCAGUUGCUUUGGUUAUCUAUAUCAUCAUCAGUAAUUGCUGCUGACCUAUGUCACAUGAUGGGUGUGUAUUCAUUAAUAUCUUGCUGAUUGGUUGUUCCAGAUCAUGUCUGACUGAACAAGAAUCCGAAGGUUCAACACAAAGCACCGCUGAUAUGAUAGCAUUUGUGCAAAAUCUCCUUGUGCAGAUGCAAACGCGGUUCCAGGCAAUGUCUGGGAGCAUUGUUUCAAAGAUAGAUGAAAUGGGAAGCAGGAUUGAUGAACUGGAGCAGAGCAUCAACGACCUCAAAACUGAGAUUGGGGCAGCAGGUGCAAUCAAGCCAAAGCCUGAAGAACCCAGGCCUCCUGAAGAGUCAGCAUAAGCUAAAAAAAAGCAGAUAAUUGUAGGAUUCUGUGUCAGCUGCUACAAUUAGUCAGUCCCUUUUGUUGACAUGUUCAUCUACGGGUGUUUCUGAGAUCAUAUAGAUACCAAAAUCAUGAUGUUCCUAAUCCUGUUGAGUGUCAAAAUAAUUCUUUUUUGACAUCUGUUUGCAGGUGUCUCCAUACUGAUACCAAACUUGAGAGUGGCUUCUUAUUGUGAUCAUUUUUACCAAUGUUGGUUUGCUUAAGCUUCACUAUUUUUUAGGUGAUAGGCCAAAACAGAGAUUAGUGUAUCUUCAUGUUUCUGUAAAUAGAAAAUUACAGUUCUUGCAAGUUUGGCAUGCUGACAGCACUCUAUUGCUAAGUUUUGGAAGGUCUUUGAAGGGAUUAUGACUCUGCAAGACCAGCUACCCAACAUCUUAUUUGAUUGUGGUUGUGAAUUUUGUUCA